AUUGUAAAAUUGAUUAUGGUGAUGUGUUGAAUAGUUGUUUGAGGUAAAUGGGUUGCUGAGGUUUUGAAUUUUGAGGAUUGAAUCAGUUACAGAGUUUUUAGCAAAAGAAAGAAAGAAAACAGAGACGAGGAAAUGAGGAAAUCGUUCAAGGAUUCUCUCAAGGCUCUUGAAGCUGAUAUUCAGUUCGCCAAUACCCUGGCUUCUGAUUAUCCAAGAGAAUAUGAUGGUGCUUGCCUUCAGAUGCGAUUAUCUUACAGUCCGGCUGCUCAUUUCUUCCUUUUUCUCGUCCAAUGGACUGAUUCUCAUCUUGCUGGUGCCUUGGGAUUGCUCAGAAUUCUUAUGUACAAGGCAUACACUGAUGGAAAGACCACCAUGUCUAUCCAUGAAAGAAAAGCUAGCAUAAGAGAAUUCUAUGGGGUGAUCUUUCCUUCAUUAUUGCAACUUCAAAGGGGAAUUACGGAUGUGGAUGAGAGGAAACAGAAGGAAAUUUGCGCUUCAAAGUUCAAGAAAAGGGACAAAAUGAAUAAAGGAAAGCUCUCCGAAAUCGAUUUUGAGAGAGAAGAAGAAUGUGGGAUUUGCAUGGAGAUGCACAGCAAGAUCGUGUUGCCCAAUUGCAACCAUUCGAUGUGCAUGAAAUGCUAUCGAACUUGGCGAAUAAAAUCGCAGUCAUGCCCAUUCUGCCGGGACAGCCUGAAAAGAGUGGAUUCAGGUGAUCUUUGGAUAUACACAAGCAAAAACGACAUUACCGAUCUAUGUUCGAUCUCGAGGGAGAACAUGAAACGCCUGUUCAUGUAUAUAGAGAAGUUGCCACUCAUUGUCCCAGAUCCAAAGAUUGUUUAUGAUCCACAGCAGCAACGUUAAGCAUGUAUUAUUUGCAUUAAAGUGUAAAUAAUUGU